CCAAUUUCUGAGCCGGGUCGACCGACCCUCCUCGACCCGGUGGUGGCUCCGCCCAGCAUCCACUGCCCGGGCCUCACGGGCGCCCACUUCCCCGCGUCAUCUGCUCCGACAAGGACCUCCUCCUCCUCUGGGUCACCUUCAAAUUCGGCCCCUACGAUGAGCUGGAGCUGCGCGAGUACUUGGUCUACAAAGCUGGCCCCGGACGGCCGUCACUCCACCUGCUCCCAGAUCCCCAUCCGCUCGUGCUCAGAGCCUGGGAGGUCGCCCUCCUGCCCCAUGGCGACGACGACGGUCAUUUCCUCGUCGCCGCUCUAUGCUUGACACAGGCUCCUUGGAUUUACGACCUUCAUCUCUUCUCGUCCAUCACCGGUGCUUGGAGCACCAAGGCGUCGUUCGCGGACAAACCGUAUACCUGCAGGCCACAAGGUGAUUUCUUUUGGAGGAGGCACAUUCGGCUGGGCCGAUCUCUGGAGAGGAAUCUUGGUCUGCAAUGUGUUCGACGAAAUGCCCAUGGUGCAGUUCAUCCAAUUGCCCAUGCUGUUGCCUGGUAACAUAUAUAAUCUUGCAGUAUGUCCGUGGCCUAUUCGAGAUGUUGCGUGCUGCAGCAAUGGUCUGAUCAAACUUGUCGAGGUAGAAACUCAAACAAGGCAAGUUGAUGGAAUAUCAAAUUGGCACAGGGAUAUAAUUUAUGAUUCGGAAUUUUUUGGAAAGCCCAAACAUGUUGUGGGGUGGAGGAUCAUAAUAUGGUCUCGAGUGAGUUCUUCCAACUAUUGGCAUAAGGAGCAGAUGAGUCUUGACGAAGAAAUAUCUGUUGACUACCAAAGGUAUCCUGUGCUGCUUGAUGGAGACGGAGAAUCAACAUUGAAGAAUGUUUUUGCAUCCUACCCUGUUCUGAACCUAAAUCCCCACAGCGGUGAUUCUGGUAACCUGUUGUGUAAACUGAAAUCUCACACUCAGAAGAUGUGGUUAAUCACCGUUGACCAGAAGAUGAAGAAAUUGGUAGAGCUGGCACCGUUUUUUAUCAGAGGAUAUUUCAGUCCUGCUUACCCAUCUCAACUGUCCAAAUACCUGAAUAGAGCUAUAGAUGUCAGACAGCACCUUAGUUUGCAAGUUGACAUGGUUGAUGAUGAGAGGAGGAAGAUAACAAAAUAGGCAGCGUGAGAUUCUUUGUUACCAUUGUUGCCAUAAUUGGGCAUACCUGAUGGAGAAGAAUUAGGGGAUUGGGACAGAAAGAAGAUUUCUGUUGACUGUAAUGAUGUUUGGGACAACUAUGUCAAGGUAAAGUAAAUAGCUUGGUUCAGAUGUUACUUUUACUACUGCAUUUCAAUUUUUGCAUGGUACAUAGGUUUGUCUACUAGGAACUACAUACUUCUUGUUCUGGUUUAUAAAACUGACAAGACAAGAUAAAACAGAUGCCACACUGUUUUGUUAUCUUGUUUAU